AUUAUAAGCACAUCACAAAGACUGUCCAGUUCGGGGAGUGUUCUGAUUAGGAGUCCAUACAACCCGGCUCCAACAAUGGUCAUGCAGACACACGUAACAGAAGCUUCUGGGUGGGUCCCGGGGGACAGAAAGCGAAUUCGAGAAUUUAUAGAAUCAGAUUUUUCAGAAAGUAAGAGAAGCAAAAAAGGAGACAAAAAUGGGAAGGGUCUGAGGCAUUUUUCAAUGAAAGUAUGUGAAAAAGUUCAGCGUAAAGGAACAACUUCAUACAAUGAAGUUGCUGAUGAGCUGGUAUCAGAAUUUACAAAUUCUAACAGCCACCUAGCUACAGAUUCGCAGGCUUACGAUCAGAAAAAUAUUAGACGGAGAGUGUAUGAUGCUCUUAAUGUCCUGAUGGCAAUGAACAUAAUUUCAAAGGAGAAGAAGGAAAUCAGAUGGAUUGGCCUUCCUACAAACUCAGCUCAGGAAUGUCAGAAUCUGGAGAUAGAAAAACAGAAGCGGAUUGAAAGGAUAAAACAGAAGCGAGCCCAACUACAGGAACUGCUGCUGCAG